UGGAUACUAAUUCUAAAUUAAGUGGAAUAAAGUGGAGUCUGGCUUUGGUUUUAGUGGUUUAAACUUUAAUGCUAAGUAAUUAUUUUGGAUAAAACAAGACAGUGAAGUGGCGUUUUAAGGGAAAUAGAGCGAAUAUAAGUACAUAUGGAAUAAUAUUUACAAAAAAACUGCAUCGUUUUGUUUUUUCAUUAUUAAUAAAGUAGAAAACAUCUUAAAUGAUUAAAAUAUGUGUUCUUAACCUACAUUAACCACGUUGUGCCUUGUACAGACGACAUCUGACUUAACGCAACGUUAUAUAUGGAAACUAUGGAUCAAAUCAUUCUAACAACCGAUCCAUCAUUCAACAACAACACCGUCGAACCAGUUGUCUUCAAUGUGAUCCCCAAGUAUAUCCUCAUCAUAACUUUCAUUAGUUGUGUCCUGUCCUGUUUGGGCGGGGUCACCCUUAUCAUAAUCCACACGUGCGCUCUACCGCGCAUUCGAAACUUCAUAAGAGAGCUUUUGAUCUGCUUAACGGUUUCCAACCUUUUCCACAUCGCUGCAGACGUGUUUGGAGCAUUCAUGUAUUACCUGUACGUCGAGCCUGACGUCAAGUGGCGUCCGUUUACAAAAGACGUCACGGUGGAUGAUUUAUGCGUUGCUCAGAGUUUUGUAUCGUCGUACGCACCCUUCACAGAGUUUCUUUGGACAACUGUGAUCUCAGUUUAUUAUUGUUCUAUGCUCUUACGUUUUGAGUGGGUGUCAAAUCUGUCGACCCGGUGUGGCCGUGUCAUCCUUCACACAGUCUGUUGGGGUGUUCCAGGUAUCGUGUGCGUUGUUGCCCUCUCUAUGGGCGUGUUCGGCAGCACCGACACCCUGUACACGGGCCCCUGGUGCUGGAUCAGGUCCUCCCUCUCCCACACGGAUCAGAUCUUUUGGAUGCUCAUCACCAAGAAACUCUGGGAGCUACUUGCCUAUCUCAGUUUAGGAAUGUGUCUUGUGGUGCAAUUCUUGCAAACAUGCAAUGUGACGAAAAGGAAAUUAUUUUCAAGCUCAAGACUUCACAAUGACUCCCCACAAAGGAGCGCCCCAGUAUUUACAGGUGAAGGCAGAAGCACUCCGAAUACACUUCGUCCCGGAGACCGUUUGUUCUUCUACGUCUGGUUGAUUUUCAUUGCUCUGCGUAUUUGGGGGACGAUCAACUUUUUCUUACAUUUGGCGGAUUUGGAGAACGGAUCCUACAGAAACACCUUGACUGGAGGUGAAACGUUUUUGUCAGCCAUGCAAGCUUUUGGUGACACCGGGCAAGCGUUUGGGAACUUCGUGGUAUUGUGUCUCUGUGAUAGGGAGGUGCGAAACUCCAUUUUGUGUCGGAGGCUUAACAACAGUGAACAUGAAGGCGUACAUUUAUUGAAUAGUGAGAGGUUUUCCAAACCAGAAACACGCGUAAAGAAAUUUGAAAGUGAAGCCUAGUUUGAAAUUCAGUCUAUUUUGGACAGUAUUGAGUGAAUUAUCCUGGACAUUUUCUUUUGCAAUAGAUAUAUUUUUAGUUUUAUUCACAUGGCAAAUAGUUGUGUUAACUCUUUUGCAAUACGUCGUAUCUUGUGGGCUUACAUUCGGCGACGAUUUUAAUUUAAAAAAAGAACGACGCCAAUAAAUGACAUUGUAAAC